AUGAACAGUGGAAUAGAUAAAUUAAUUGGUUUACUUAUAUGUGCAUCGGCAACAGAAGAUUGCUAUUCGAAGCAUUAUGAUCGAUGCGUAAAUCAAUAUCCUAGUUCAACUGUUGUAAAAUCUAAUUCAACAAGUGUGAAUGAUGAAGACGAUGAAAUUACGUGGUUUAAUUGGGUGAGAAUAUCUGGCAAAGUACAUUUAGAAGAAAUAAAUAGCAAUGCUCCAGCAUUAUUAGAUAAUGUCGAUGAACAAUGA